UUGACAUCUUCUUUUCGAGACCACUCAAGAACAGGACAGUACCAACAGCAAACCAUGGCUCUUCCUUCUACCAUGAAAGCCAUUACCAUCAAUGGCAACAAAGCCAAGGUCUCCGAGAUCAGUCUUCCCAAGAUCAGACCAACCUAUCUGCUUGCCAAGGUCGAGGCCAUCGCCUUGAACCCUACAGACUGGAAGCAUAUCAAUGGCAAGCGGGCAGCAGAGAAUGGACUCGCUGGCUGUGAUUUCGCAGGAACCGUCGUGGAGGUGGGAAGUGACGUCACCAAGCAAUUCCAAGUCGGCGACCGCAUCGCCGGCACCACUCACGGAGCAAACGCCAGUCAACCCGAAGAUGGCUGUUUCGCAGAAUAUGCCGUCGCCAAAGCCGAUCUCCUCGUCAAAAUCCCCUCGACCAUGUCCUUCGAACAAGCCGCAACCUUCCCUCUCGGCGUCAGCACUGUCGGCCAAGGCCUCUACCAAAAAGCCCUCAAACUCCACCUCCCCACUGACCCCAUCAACCCCCAAAACUCCCAAACCCUCCUCAUCUACGGCGGCUCCACCGCCACGGGAUCCCUCGCCAUUCAAUUCGCCAAAGCCUCCGGCUACAAAGUCCUCACGACCUGUUCCCCACACAACAACGAUUUUGUCCGCUCGCUCGGCGCAGACGCCGUUUACAACUAUAAAUCCCCCGACGUCGGAAAACAAAUCAAUCGCGAUACAGAGAAUUCUCUCACUCUAAUCUGGGAUACCAUCUCCCUCGCCUCUUCCGCAGCGAUUUGCUCCGAAGCAUUCUCUUCCGACCCCUCUAUUCUCUCCACAGGAGGAGGAGGAGCAAAAUACGGCACAAUCCUCCCCAUCAAACUCCCCUCUUCCAACCCCAACUCCACGCAAAUCGAAACAACAAUGACUUUCAUGUACACAAUUUUCAACGAACCCUUCACCAAAGCCGGUCGAUCCACACCUUCGAUUCCCGAAGAUUUCGACUUUGCGAAAAAUUUCUUUCAAAUUACAGAGGAUAUGUUUUUGGCAAACACUCUCAAAACUCAUCCGGAACAGGUGGGCGAAAAUGGUUUGCAAGGUGCGUUAAAGGGAAUGGAGGAUAUGAAGAAUGAGAAAAUUUCGGGCAGGAAAUUGGUGUAUCGCGUCAAGGAGACGCCGGAGGGGGCGGUGGGGGUGGGGGUGGAGUUGUAAAAGGUGUACCUACGUAAGUAAGGGAAGUAAAUGAGGAAGGGGAUGGUGGAAGGAAGGAAGGGGAAUGGAAGGUAGCUAGGCAGGUGGUGGGUAGGUUUGUUAGGUAAGACGUAAGGAGCUUUUGAUGUCCUUGUUAUGGUGGCUGAGGAAUGGGUUUGGAAAGAGAGAGAGAGCGGCAGACAAAAGGCAUGAAAAAGAAAGGGC